AUGCACUUCCACCAAACCCAAUCAAUCAGGGGUAUAAAAGUAAAUUCCUCCCUACAAAAGACAGUGACAAGAGUACACAAAGCACAGUAGCAAGUCCAACACAGUUAAAAACAGUAUCUGCAAAUCCCAUUCUUCCUUCCAUAUACAACAAACACCACCACCUUCUUCUUCUUCUUCUUCUUCCACUCUCUUCAUCCAUGGCCACUCCUCAUGCUCUUCUCCUUCUCUUCAUCUUCAUCAUCUUCAUCUCCACCUCCUCACCAUCCUCAGACCAAGACCUUCUUCUCACCUUCAAAACCUCCAUUAAUGGCUCCUUGCAAUCCCUCUCCAACUGGUCUCCAACCACUCCAACAUGCAACUUUACUGGUAUCUCCUGCUCCACUUCUUCACCUCCAUCCAUCACUUCACUGGAUCUCCAAAACCUUAAUCUCUCUGGCUCCAUCUCCUUCUCCUCCCUUUGCCAACUUCACCAUCUCUCCCAACUUAACCUUGCUCACAAUCUCUUCAACCAACCCAUCCCUCUCUCCAUCUCCCAAUGCACCUCAUUGACCUCCUUGAACUUCAGCAACAAUCUCCUCUGGGGUACACUCCCAGACCAGUUCACACAACUCACUUUCCUCACUGUCCUGGAUCUCAGCCAUAAUCAACUUGAAGGCCAGAUUCCUCUUGUUUUAGGGUCACUGCAGUCUCUCCAAGUUCUCAACUUGGGGAGCAAUUUGUUCUCUGGAUCUGUGCAUCCAUCCAUAUUUGCUAAUUUGACUCACUUGAUGCAUUUAGACUUGUCUAAAAAUCCCAGUUUGAGUUCAGAGUUACCUGUGGAGCUUGGGAAGUUGAGCAAAAUUAAGAGGAUUUUCAUGCAAGGAUGUGGGUUCUUUGCUGGGAUUCCUGAAUCCAUUCUGGUUCUGCAUGAACUUGAGGUUUUGGAUCUUUCCAGGAACAAUCUGACUGGAAGGAUUCCUUUAGGGUUUGGUUUAGGGCUUCCCAAGUUGUUGUCUUUGGAUUUGUCUCAGAACAGAAUGUAUGGUUCUUUUCCUGCUGAUGUUUGUUAUGGGAAAUCUCUUCAAGAGUUGAGUCUUCAUGCCAAUUCUUUCACUGGUUUUGUGCCUGAUUCAAUUGGGAAAUGCUCCAGUCUUGAGAGAAUCCAGAUACAGGACAAUGAGUUCUAUGGACAGUUUCCAUCUGGUUUGUGGUCAUUGCCUGAGAUAAGGAUUGUAAGAGCUGAAAACAAUCGGUUUUCGGGGGAGUUGCCGGAUUUUGUCAAAGUUCCAUCACUCUUGGAACAGAUUCAGAUUGAUAACAAUAGCUUCACUGGUAGAAUUCCCAAGGGAAUUGGGCAGAUCAACACUUUGUAUAGAUUCUCUGCUUCUUUUAAUGGUUUUCAUGGUGAUAUCCCGGAUAAUUUGUGUGAUUCGCCUGUCUUGAGUAUCAUCGAUUUGUCGCACAAUUCUCUUUCGGGCUCAAUUCCAGACCUUCGGAAAUGCAAGAAGUUGGUGUCUUUAUACUUGGCUGAUAAUAGCUUCACUGGGAGCAUCCCUUUAUCACUUGCUUAUUUACCGGUGCUGACUUACAUCGACCUUUCGAGCAAUAAUCUCAGUGGUGAGAUCCCACAAGAGCUUCAGAACUUGAAACUAGCAUUGUUCAAUGUCUCAUUUAACCAAUUAUCAGGCAGGGUUCCUUUUUCACUGGUAUCUGGUCUUCCAGCUUCAUUUCUGCAAGGAAAUCCGGGUUUAUGCGGACCUGGUUUACCUAAUCAGUGCGGCAAUACAACGAGUGCAAAGAGUUCACCAGGCAGUAGAUUGAUUUUUGCUGCAAUUGCGAUAAGCUUUGUAUUUGGAUUCAUGGUGCUGGCUCUAGGAUUAUUUGUCGUGUAUCGGUUGUCCUGCAAAAAAUCACAAACAGGUAACUGGAGGUCAAUCUUCUUUUACUCUUUAGGAAUCAGAGAAGAUGAGCUAUUAAUGAGCUUAGACGAGAAGAACAUUAUUGGCAGAGGGAUAUUUGGCGAUGUUUACAAAAUUAAGCUGCCUACCGGAGAAUGUAUUGCUGUGAAGAAGCUAUUGAACUCAAGCAAGUUACCUUUUAGAACAGCAAAGACUGAGAUCAGAAAAUUGGCGAAAACUAGGCAGCAAAACCUCGCCAAAUUGUUGGGCUUUUGCCACUCAGAGAGUGUAGUGCUUCUCAUCCAUGAAUACUUGUCUAAUGGCAGCUUAGGUGAUUCACUUUGUAGCUUGGAAUCUCCAUUAGACUGGAGGGUUCGGUUGCAAAUCGCUUUAAGUGCUGCUCGAGGAGUAGCUUACCUUCACAAAGACCAUUCACCGCGUCUACUCCACCGAAAUAUCAAAUCAAACAACAUUCUUCUCGACAUGGAUUUCGAACCGAAGAUUACAGGAUUUGCACUUGAUCAUGUCAUUGGAGAGAGCUCAUUUCAAUCAAUUUUGGCUUCUGAAUUAGAUUCCUGUUGUUACAUUGCACCAGAACAAAAGUGCAGCAAGAAAGCAACAGAGCAAAUGGAUGUCUACAGCUUUGGUGUCGUGCUACUAGAGCUCAUAACAGGGAAAAAAGCCGAGAUUCCUGACUCAAGGGAUUCUAUUGACAUCGUUACAUGGGUGAGACGGAAAAUAAACAUGACAAAUGCCGAACAUCAAAUACUGGACUCAAAUAUCUCCAACUCAUUUCAGCAAGAAAUGCUCAGUGUUCUAGAGCUAGCACUUUGCUGCAUUUCUGUGGUUCCCGACAAAAGACCAAGCAUGUUCGAGGUUGUUCAGUCUCUACAAUCAGUCUACACUGGUUUUCAAUCUCCGAAGUUCAAUUCAGGUGAAAGUUCCUUCUCAAUAGAGCACUGAAGUCUUUCACAUAGAAUGUUCUACUAUAGUUUCUGUUGUAUAUAUAUGUCUUUCUAUAUGAUAUACUCUAGAAUAUAGAGAAUUCAAACUAAUGAGCUACUUGCAGACUCAGAAUGAGAAGUUGGUAAUGAAAUGGUCUCUCUUUUGACAAUUAAUGUUUCUUUUGUUCA